AUGGAGAGUAAGAAACAAGAUGAAGAUGUUGAAGAACCACUACUCACUAACACCGGUAGUUCAUCUUCUCACAAACCAUCUCUCAUUCAAAGUCUCAUCUCCGCCAUGUCUCUCAUCACAGCCAUCACCUUCGCCGUCCUCUUCUUCUCUCUCCCCUCACCAACCAAAUCCACCACCCGUCCCCUCCGUAAACUCCCCCACCCCGUCGUCAUCCUCAUUUCCUCCGACGGCUUCCGUUUCGGCUACCAAUUCAAAACCCUAACCCCAAACAUCCACCGUCUCAUCAACAACGGCACCGAAGCUCAAACCGGCCUCAUCCCCGUUUUCCCAACGCUAACUUUCCCUAACCAUUACUCCAUCGUCACAGGUCUCUACCCUCCCCACCACGGCAUCAUCAAUAAUUUCUUCACCGAUCCGAUCACCGGCGAUAAAUUCACCAUGGCAAGCCACGAGUCUAAAUGGUGGUUAGGUCAACCUCUAUGGGAAACCCUUGCAAACCACGGUUUAACCGCUGCUACGUACUUUUGGCCUGGCUCUGAGGUGAAAAAAGGCUUGUGGACUUGUCCUGAACAGUUUUGUAAACAUUAUAAUGGUUCUGUUGAUUUUGAAGAUAGAGUUGAUUCUGUUUUGGAGUAUUUUGAUUUGCCACUUCAUGACAUUCCUGUUUUUAUGACUCUUUAUUUCGAGGACCCCGAUCAUCAAGGUCAUCGAGUUGGACCCGAUGAUGAUGAGGUUACUGAUGCUGUUUCUAGAAUUGAUUCUGUUAUUGGGAGGCUUAUUAAUGGGUUGGAACAAAAAGGGUUUUUUGAGGAUGUUACUAUUAUAAUGGUUGGUGAUCAUGGUAUGGUUGGUACUUGUGAUCAAAAGCUUGUUUUUUUAGAUGAUUUAGCUCCUUGGGUUAAGAUUCAACAGAGUUGGGUUCAUUCGUAUACGCCCUUGCUUGCGAUUUGGCCGACGGGUAAUUAUUCGUCGAGAGAUGUUGCUGUUAAGAUGAAUCAAGGAUUGAGUUCCGGGCAAGUUGAAAAUGGGAAUAAGUUGAAGGUGUUUCUGAAGGAAGAUUUGCCUUGGAGACUUCAUUAUGCGGAUAGUGAUAGGAUUCCGCCGAUUAUUGGAUUGGUUCAUGAGGGUUAUAAGGUUGAGAUGAGUAGGACGGGGAAGAAAGAGUGUGGCGGUGCUCAUGGUUAUGAUAAUGCCUAUUUCUCGAUGAGGACUAUUUUUAUUGGGCAUGGUCCUCAAUUUGCUAGAGGGAAGAAGAUACCUUCGUUUGAGAAUGUUGAGAUUUAUAACUUGAUUACUUCUAUACUCAACAUAAAGGGGGCGCCUAAUAACGGGUCUGAUGCGUUUCCAAAGUCCGUUCUUCUACCAAAUGCUUAA